AUGGUUCAAUUGGUUGCAUUGGAAGUUUCAAAUCCAGGAUUUUGUGAAACGAUGGCCAGUCAAGCUGCCACUUCAGGUGAAACAGACCCUUUGGGAAGUGAAUCAAUCGAUGAAAUCCUAAAGGAGACUGAAAAUCUCAUGCAAGACAUAGAUGUAGAUUUGAGUGCGGAUUCCGCGGGAAUGGUAUAUCAAGGGUUUUCAAUUGACAGCGAUGGCGAAGAAGACACGCCAGAAAAUAGCAACAAUAACCACAAGGUGGAUUUAGAUGAUCACCCGCUCUCGGAUCAUUUGUUGCCAGCUCUCACAGCACCCGAUCCAACCACGCAGUUGCAAGGGAGUACGGAACCUACUUCAAACACCAGCGCAGGAAUGUUGGCGACUCCAGCGGCCAGCAAUGCAACUAUGGACACAUUUAAGCAACAAACAUCUCGUUUUGCGUCCAAUUUAGCUUCGAUGGCGCAAAGGGCAGCCAGAGAAGUUGCUGCUGCCACGAAUACAGUUCCAAUGACAGGAGCACCAGUUAAGGGAGCCCCUGUUGUCCAUAGACAAGGUGCACUCCACCCUGCUGGCAGCAAUCAGCAACAGCCUUCUCUAGCAAAUGGAGUACAAGGAACCCAAUGCAAUAGCACUGGAUUUAGCGCUGAACAAACACAAAGUCUAAUAAAGGAUCAUUUCGGAGACUUAUUGCCAAACGAGAGGCUGAUCAUGUUUCUUCCCAAUCUUCUACAUGUCAGUGAUACAUCGGGCGUUUCAUACUUCGCAUCAAAUUCAUCUGGUCUAUCGAUGUGGUGCUGCGUAUUGACAUACUACCGUAUAAUUCUUUUCACUACCGCUGAAAAACAGCAACUCGAAAUGCCCCUCCCUGCUGGAUGGAACCCGCUUUGUUGGCCAAAAGCACCUUUCCAGAAAUGUUUGGAAUUGCCUCUUGGAUGUAUUGACCGAAUUGAGAAAACUGUUUACCAAGCCGGGGGCUCGAGUUAUAUGGGACUUUUGCUCACAUCUAAAGAUUCGGGGCGGGUUAUCAGGUUCACUACGCAGAGCUAUCUGGAGACUGGGAGAGCUUUCGAUUCAAUCAACACCUAUGCAUUCCCUGGUCGAAAAUUCCUUGGCUAUCUUUUUGCAUUUGAGUCGAAGCGUAAUGAAGUAAUGGCAAGUAUCACUGUCAAUGAGGCAGGCCAGCAAACGAUCACGAUUCCUCCGACGGCAAAGAGAUUUGACGCUACGGUUGAGUUCCCAAGACUUCUAGCCAAAACGUCGAUUACUCAGUCGCCUUGGGUAAUGUGGGGUUUGUUGAAUGCAGGUUAUCAACUAUCACCAACUUAUCCAUCAGUACUGGUGGGGCCAGCUACCUUGGACGAAACACAACCAGAAUCUCAGCAUGUUAUCCGUCAGUGUGCGGCAUUCCGAAGUGAAAGGAGACUUCCGAGUUUGACAUGGUGUGAUACUGGUGGAGCAUCAAUUUGGAGGUGUGCGCAGCCAAAAGUCGGGCUUCAAGGGAAUCGGAGCCCAGCUGAUGAGCUUUUCUUGCGACACAUUGCAGAAAGUGCUCGUGGUGCAAACGCUAUGACAGAACAACCUCCUGUGUAUUCUCGAAGUAUUCUCCAGCAACUAACAGGAGAUCACGCAAAAGAUUGGGUACCAGAACAUGGCUGUAGCUUAAAGAUUCUUGAUCUUAGACCACGCUCCGCUGCUAUGGCCAAUCGUACUGGGGGGUACGGAUACGAAAAUACGUCCAAUUAUAUGAGUACUACCUUACAGUUUUGCAACAUUGCAAAUAUUCAUGCUGUUAGAGAUAGUUACCAGAAGCUUUGUACGCUCUGUACAAGCCGCUCAAUCGCUGAUGUCAACUGGAAUUCUCUCGUGGAGGAUACAAAAUGGCUUUCUCACGUUCGCGUUAUUUUGGCGGCUGCUUGGGAGACGGCAUAUUGGGUUCAUAUUUGGAGAAUGCCUGUUCUUCUUCAUUGCAGCCACGGGUGGGACCGAACAUCCCAAGUCUCUGCAUUGGCUCAGCUGCUGUUGGAUCCAUACUAUCGGACCCGUCAUGGCUUUUCGGUCCUUGUGGAGAAAGACUUCAUGAGCUUUGGUCAUCCAUUUCACAAGAGGUGUGCCCAUGGUGAAGGUCGAGGUGACAAGGUUGCCGCACAUGUUGCAACUCCAGAUGAGGGACAAGUAUCGCCAGUAUUCUUGCAGUUUGUUGAUUGUGUUUAUCAAAUUGUGCAGCAAUAUCCUGAAUGUUUCGAGUUCAAUACAACGUACUUGCAAGAGCUCUCAUUCAAUAUCUACAACAAUCGUUUUGGCAGCAUGCUUUGCGAUACCGAAAAGGAUAGAGAAGUUGCCGCAAGCAUCAGACAACGGACGUACUCGGUUUGGGAUCACUUGGAUGCAUCUGCUGCAUUCAAGAAUAGCGACUACACGGAAAGCGCCGGCGUCUUGUUGAUGCCGCUGUCCAUGCUCUUGCGGAAUGUGAAACUUUGGCAAGAAAGACACUGCUUUUAUGGGCCAAAGGCUACAUAUCGAUAA